GCGCUUCGCUGUCGCCCCCUGUUUUGACUCCAUGUAUGUGUGGCUGCGUAUGUCGCCUCCUUUCCUUCACUAGUUUACUUCGUUCCUCACCACUGCUCACCUCCAGCGCUGGCAGCACGAUGGCAGCGGCGGCCCCCAACCCGGAGGACUCCGCCAGGAGCAGCAGCAGCAGCGGUACCAGCACGCCCAGCGCGCUCGUCGGAGACGGGGACGCGGAGGAGGCCGAGGACUUCACCUCCUCCUCCCACUGCUCGGAGCUGUCUCGGCGGCAGAACGAGCAGAGGAAGCAGGGCUCGUUCUGCGACGUGACGCUGGCCUUCAGCAGCGGGGUGGCUAGCGGGAGCGUGCAGAGCUGCGAGUUUUCAGCCCACAGGUCGGUCCUGGCUGCGGCUACCGAUUAUUUCCCCCCUUUGCUUGGAGGACAGUUUUCCGAGUCGUUGUCCGGUCGGGUAGAGAUGAAGGAAUGGAGCUCGGAACCGGGGCCAGACCCGGAUACGGUGGAGAGUGUCAUCCAGUUCAUGUACACUGGAGAAAUACGAGUUAGCACCUGCAAUGUACAUGAAGUACUGGAGCUAGCUGACAGAUUCCUCCUGCUGCAGCUGAAGGAUUUCUGUGGUGAGUUCCUGAAGAAGAAGCUGAGCCUGACCAACUGUGUGGCGGUGCACAGUCUAGCCCACAUGUACACCCUGGACCAGCUGGCUCUACGGGCUGCAGACAUGAUCCGUCGCAACUUCCACAAGGUUAUCCAGGACGACGAGUUCUACACGCUGCCCUUCCACCUGGUGCGUGACUGGCUGUCCGACACCGAGAUCACAGUGGAUUCUGAGGAGGUGCUGUUUGAGGCCGUGGUGAAGUGGGUGCAGAAGAACCCGGAGGAGCGAAGCCGCUACUUCGAGGAGCUGUUCCGUCUCCUGAGGCUGCCCCAGAUCAAGCCCACCUACCUGACCAGGGUGGUGAAAACGGAGCAGCUGGUGGCCGCCAACGAGGCCUGCCUCCGGCUGGUGUCGGAAGCGGUGGAGGGCCACGCUAUUCGCUUUGAGAACCUCAAGUCAACCGAUAUGGAGUUCUGGUCAUCCCACAUGGCCUCCUUUCAGCCCCGAUUUGGCCAGAACAUGGACGUUAUCAUGGUGGUAGGCGGCGUGUCAGAAGGAGGGGACUACCUGAGUGAGUGCGUGGGCUACUUCAUUUACGAGGACCGCUGGGUCAACCUGCCGCACAUCCACAACCACCUGGACGGGCACGCCAUCGCGGCCACAGAGUCCCACGUCUACGUAGCCGGUUCUAUGGAACCGGGCUUUGCCAAGACGGUGGAGCGUUACAAUCCCAACCGCAACACCUGGGAGCAGGUGAGCAACCUCACCACACGCAAGCACUCUUUUGGCCUCACCUGUAUUAAGGAUGUACUGUACAGCAUCGGUGGCCAUGGGAACUUCAGUCCGGGUUUCAAAGACGUCAGCAUAUACGAGCCUGACCAGGACAAGUGGGUCAAUCUGGAGUCUGCGCCCAAAAUCCUGCGCGACGUGAAGGCGGUGAGCGUGGAGGACCGCUAUGUGUACGUCACGGCCCGCACACCUGUCGAUACAGAUAAUGAGGAUGGACUGAAGACGGUGACCACUCGCUAUGACACGGAGAGCCGCCAGUGGCAGGACGUUGACUCCCUGCCCCUUAUUGACAACUAUUGCAUCUUCCAGAUGGCCGUGGCCUCUACUAACUUCUACCACACGGCCUCCUGCUGCCCCAAGAGCUACACGGAGCGCGAGGAGGUCGCCAAGCAGAAGAUCAGCCUACGCAUCUCUGAUGAGAUCCUGGAGAGCCUGCCGCCGGAGGUGACCAGCAUCGAGGGCGCUGCCAUUUGCCACUUCGACGAGGACGUCUUCAUCAUCGGAGGCUGGAAGAACAGCGACGACGUGGACAAGCAGUAUCGCAAGGAGGCCUACCGCUACUGCGCCGAGAGGAAGCGCUGGAUGCUGCUGCCGCCCAUGCCGCAGCCUCGCUGCCGAGCUACCGCCUGCCACGCCCGCAUCCCCUAUCGCUUCCUGUACGGCUGCCAGCGCUACCCCAUGCCACAGAACCUGGCCCGCCAGCGGGAUCGCAUGCAGCAGAUGCAGCAGCUUCACCGGCGCACGCUCACUUUACGCCGGCAGCUCCAGUCUCAGAUAGAGUGCUGAGCGAGUCGAGUGUUUGCUCGAUCGCAUGAAACUGCACUGCUCUGUCCGAGGAUACACUGCCAGCAUUCGGUCCAUUGCAGCCACCUUCAUCACCCCCCUACAUGCACCUGCUGCAGCGGGUCUUGUGUUGCUCUCCUCCUGGAUUUCAUUAAACUGAACUCUGUGCCAUCGGUGUUGUGUUAAUGGCUGAUUUGUGGAAUGCCAUGAAAUGUGUGCACAGGCGUGCACUGACCUGUGGUCUGUGAGGAAGGAUGAGGGGAAUGUAAAUAUGUGAUUAAGAGUGUUCUAUAGCAGCCAACAACUGAAUAUCCUUUUUUUUGUCAAGUAUGUUGGUAGAGAUGCUGUUUAUCUGUUUGUACAUUCAUAGGAUAAAGGUGUACGUGUAAACAUUUAGAUGGAUAUUUUACAUUCCUUUAUUGUGUGCCUGUACUUAGGGAGGCUAUGUGACAUUAUUAAUAACUGCAUUCCUACAUUCAAUUCAACUCGCUUAAUGAAGUCUCAUUCCAUUUUAACACUGUGACAAUCUCUUCAUGCAAGUCGAACUUACGUCCAAAUGUCUUAACUCUUAACUUGUAUUAUAUUUGCUCUGUUGGAAUGGCUGCGCUCGUUUCUGUGCAGCCUCGACAACUAGAUAGGAAUUAUUUCAGAAAGGCUGUUCAUCUUAAAAUCCCGCAGACUAGAUUGCAGUUUCCCUUCAACAGUAUAUGAAAUUGAAAUAUAUUUUUUGUUGCUUGUCUAACACUUGUAAGCUUUCUCCUGGUGUCUGGAGAGGUGAAAAUAUGAGAGAACUGUGAUGUUGAAAAGAGGUGAUAUGAUAAAAUAAUUCCUUUAAAUUAUCCUAAAAUUGAAAUAUUCUAUUUGUCCACUGCAUUAAGCGCCAAUCUCUGGCUCAAUCAUUCCUUUCUUUUGCACUUUGGCAGUCUAUUGCUCAAGUGCACAUUCCCAUUCGCUCGAGAAACAUACAUUGGAAAUGUAUUUAUAUGUGUGUGAGUGCAGAAAGUGUGUAUGAUUUGUGUUCGCAGAGCUUCUCUACAACUGCACUUUUUGACAUUUAAUUGUUUGUAAAGUCUUAAAGAAAUGUUGGGAUUUAAGUUGCCGUUGCACUUUGACUUUGCUUGUUUCAUAUCAGACGAGGUGAUUGUAUUUUGGAAAGGCUUGGAUUUAGCCGAGUGCAUAAGUUUUGAUCUUUGGAAAAAAAAAAAAAAAAAAA